AUGGGAGAACCUGAAGGAUUGAUCAACAAACAUGUUCAUACUUCUCAACAAUUAGCUAGAGGAAUCGAACUUAUUCACUCUGGUGUUACAUGUUUUGCUAAAGCAGGAGGGUAGCAUAUGUCUGGAAUGGCAAGUGCAGUCGAAGUAUUAGGCUUGCGUGCGUGUUUGGCCGAGUCAAUUAUGGACUAUGGUGAGGGUUUGCCAGCUUCAUGGGCUGCUAGGACUACUGAUGAAUGUAUUAAGUUGCAGAAGGAUCUGUUUAUAAAACAUCAUAAUACAGCAGAUGGACGUAUCAAAGUGUGGCUUGGGAUAAGGAAAAUUAUGAAUUCAACUGAUCGAUUACUUACUGAGACGAGAGACACAGCAAAAGAACUAGAAACCGGGAUUCACAUGCAUAUUGCAGAGAUACCGUAUGAAAAUCAACUGAUUAUUGAAACUCGAGGAGUUGAUAAUGGAACUGUUACACAUCUCGAGAAGAUCAAGUUCCUGCAGAACAAUUUGUUGGCAGCACAUACUGUUUGGGUCAAUGACAAAGAGGUUGAUUGUCUCACAAAAGCUGGAGUUAAAGUAUCACAUUGUCCUGCUGCUUCAAUGAGAAUGCUUGGAUUUGCCCCCAUUAAGGAAAUGCUCCGCGCUGGUGUCUGUGUAUCCUUGGGUACAGACGGUGCACCAUCAAACAAUAGAAUGAGCAUUGUUGAUGAGAUGUACCUGGCUUCCUUGAUCAACAAAGGUCGUGAAGUAUUUUCCACGGGAACCACUGAUCCUACAGCUUUGCCUGCUGAAACAAUCCUCAGAAUGGCCACAAUAAACGGUGCCGAGUCUGUACUUUGGGACAAGGAAAUAGGUUCGCUCAAGGUUGGGAAGAAGGCUGAUAUCGUCGUGGUCAAUCCCUCUUCUUGGUCUAUGAUGCCAAUUCAUGACUGCCUCGUUUACUGCAUGAGAACUGAGAAUAUCGUCUCUGUGAUGUGCAACGGCUGUUGGAUUAUGAAAGAAAAGAAAAUCUUAGGCGUAGACGAGGAAAAGGUUCUAUCAAUGGCCAAGCAUGCCUCUGCUGAACUUUUAAAGAGAGCAGACAUACAAAUUCCAAACAGAAUGAAUUUUGUGUGA